AUCGUAUCCGCAUUCCAGCCAGCUACAUUUGUGCUUCGUUCUUCACAUCGCUUUGCCACUACACCCAGAUUAUCCGGCCAUGUCAGCAACUACCGUAGCAGUCAAUGGCUCGAAGCCAGCAGCCUCGCUCGAUUUCCAAGACAAUUUCAUCCAGAUCAUCGACGGCAAAAGUCACCCGACCAAGGAGACUCGCCACGGCAUCAACCCCGCCAACCUCAAGCCCAAGGCGCCGGUCCCCGUCGUCACCAAGGAAGACUUGGACACGGCCGUCGACGCGGCCAAGCGGGCAUUCAAGACAUGGUCAAAAGUUCCUUACGAGGACCGCCGGAAGGCCGUUCUGGCUUAUGCCGAUGCCAUAGACGCGCUGCGGACUGAGUUUAGAGACCUGCUCGUCGCAGAGCAAGGCAAGCCUCUUCCCCAAGCCGAUGCUGAGACGGAUGCUGCUAUUGCAUGGAUCCGCGGCAUGGCAAACAUCGCCAUCCCGGAGGAUGUCAUCGAGGACACUGAAGAUCGCACCGUCGUCACCCACUACACUCCCAUCGGCGUCGUUGGAGCAAUUAUCCCAUGGAAUUUUCCUUUGCUAUUGGCUACAGGAAAGAUUGCGCCAGCUCUGUUGACCGGGAACGUCAUCAUUGUGAAGCCUUCCCCCUUUACUCCAUACUGCGGACUUAAGCUGGUCGAAUUAGCCCAGAAGUUCUUCCCUCCUGGCGUUGUGCAGUCUCUCAGUGGCGACGACAGGCUCGGUCCCUGGUUGACCAGCCAUCCUGGCAUUGACAAGAUCAGCUUCACCGGCUCAACCCAGACUGGAAAGCUCGUACUCCAAAGUGCGAGCAAGACGCUGAAACGAGUGACUCUUGAGCUUGGUGGCAAUGAUCCAGCCAUCGUGUUCCCCGAUGUUGAUGUUGAUAAAGUCGCUGAAAAGGUUGCAUUCUUUGCCUUUUUGAAUUCUGGUCAGAUCUGUCUGAACCUGAAGCGCAUCUACGUUCAUGAGUCUAUCUAUGAGCAGUUUAGGGAUGCUCUUGUCAAGCACGUCAGGAACUACACCCUCGGCGAUGGCUCCCAGCAAGGUAUCUCGCAUGGGCCUCUUCAAAAUUCCAUGCAAUACGAGCGCGUCAAGACGUUCUUUGAUGACAUUGAAAAGCAAGGCUGGAAGGUGGCCACAGGAGGUAAAAUUGAAGCGUCGUCAGGAUACUUCGUCACACCGACCAUCAUCGACCGUCCUCCCGAGAAGUCGCGAAUCGUUGUCGAGGAGCCAUUCGGCCCUAUCGUCCCUCUGCUCUCCUGGAAGAGUGAGGAGGAGGUGAUUGAGCGUGCGAACGAUACCUUGAUGGGACUAGGCGCAUCGAUAUGGUGCAAUGAUAUCAAGAAGGCGCAGCGCGUUGCCAAGGAGAUCCAAGCAGGCACUGUUUGGGUCAAUACCCACUUCGACCUAUCGCCCAUGGCGCCGUUUGGAGGGCACAAGGAGAGCGGUCUCGGUACCGAAUGGGGAGCCAACGGACUCAAGGGGUUCUGUAAUGUGCAGACUCUGUUUCUCAACAAGCAUGUAGUGAGCUGAAUUAACAUAUUGUUGGAUUUUUGAACACAAUGAAUUCAAUGAUUGCCGAACGGCAGUUCCCUG